AAAAUUGUUAUUGUUGUGUUAAAUGGCCGAAACCGAGCAGUAUAUCAAAGAUAUCCAGCGUGAGUACGUUGAUUUCUUAGACGAUGAAGAGGAUCAAGGCAUAUAUUCGGGUCAUGUGAAGGACAUGAUUGCAGAAAAGAGCAAACGUUUAAUUGUCAACAUAAACGAUUUGAAGCGUAAAAAUCCUCAACGAGCUCUUGGUCUGCUGAGCAAUGCAUCGGAUGAGCAAUUGGCGUUUGGGCGGGCUCUCAAAGAAUAUGUUUCCACCGUGGAUCCCAGCUAUGCCAAAGAAAUCGAGGAGUUCUUUGUUGGCUUCGAAGGUUGUUUUGGUAAUCGUCAUGUAACACCACGUUCAUUGACAUCAAUCUUUUUGGGCAACAUGGUGUGCGUUGAGGGUAUUGUUACCAAAGUGUCACUUAUACAUCCAAAAGUUGUACGCUCCGUCCAUUAUUGUCCUGCUACACGUAAAGUAAUGGAAAGAAAAUACACUGAUUUGACAUCCUUUGAGGCCAUGCCUUCCAGUGCUGUUUAUCCCACAAAAGACGAAGAUGGAAAUUUAUUGGAAACUGAAUUCGGCUUGUCUGUCUACAAAGAUCAUCAGAGUUUAACCAUACAAGAAAUGCCCGAGAAGGCUCCUGCUGGUCAGUUACCACGUUCGGUGGACAUUAUUUGCGAUGACGAUCUGGUUGAUCGCUGCAAACCCGGUGAUCGUGUUCAAAUCGUAGGAAGCUAUCGCUGUCUUCCUGGUAAACAAGGCGGUUACACUUCGGGUAUAUUUCGUACUAUUUUGUUGGCCAACAACAUAUCUUUGCUGAGUAAAGAAAGCAAUUUGGAUAUUAGCCGUGAGGACAUUAUUCUAUGUAAGAAACUUGCCAAAAACAAUGACAUCUAUGAGUUGCUAUCGAAAAGUUUGGCACCUUCUAUUCAUGGCCAUACCUACGUCAAACAGGCAAUUUUGUGUCUGUUAUUAGGUGGUGUGGAGAAGUUGUUGCCAAAUGGUACACGUUUGCGUGGUGACAUCAACGUCCUGUUAAUUGGUGAUCCUAGUGUUGCCAAAUCGCAAUUGCUGCGUUAUGUUCUGAAUACUGCACCUCGUGCCAUUCCCACCACUGGUCGAGGUUCCAGUGGUGUUGGUCUGACUGCCGCUGUUACAACUGAUCAAGAGACAGGAGAACGUCGUUUGGAGGCCGGUGCUAUGGUACUGGCAGAUCGUGGUGUUGUAUGUAUCGACGAAUUUGAUAAAAUGAGUGAUAUAGAUCGUACAGCGAUCCACGAAGUUAUGGAACAGGGUCGAGUUACAAUUUCCAAGGCUGGUAUACAUGCUUCAUUGAAUGCUCGUUGUUCAGUUUUGGCUGCUGCCAAUCCUGUCUAUGGUCGCUAUGAUCAAUACAAAACACCAAUGGAAAAUAUUGGUUUGCAAGACUCAUUGUUGUCACGUUUCGAUUUAUUGUUCGUUAUGCUGGAUGUUAUCGACAGUGAUAUUGAUCAGAUGAUAUCUGAUCAUGUUGUUCGUAUGCAUCGUUACCGCAAUCCCAAGGAAGCUGAUGGCGAACCAUUAUCCAUGGGCAGUUCAUAUGCCGACUCCCUGUCGUUCAGUACCAACUCAACUGAGAAAAAGGAAACAGAAGUCUAUGAGAAGUAUGAUGCUUUAUUGCAUGGCAAAUCUCGCAAACGCCACGAGAAAAUUCUAUCUGUCGAAUUUAUGAGAAAGUACAUACACAUUGCCAAGUGUAUGAAGCCAAAGUUGAGCGAACAAGCUUGUGAAGCCAUCUCAAAUGAAUAUUCCCGUUUGCGGUCUCAAGAAAGUGUGCAAAAUGAUGUUGCCCGUACACAACCCGUGACAGCUCGUACCUUGGAAACUCUCAUCCGUUUGUCAACGGCUCAUGCUAGAGCUCGUAUGUCCAAGACAGUUACUGCCGAUGAUGCCCAAGCUGCCAUAGAAUUGGUGCAGUUUGCAUAUUUCAAAAAGGUUUUGGAAAAAGAAAAAGGCAGCAAACGUAGACGUGAUGGUGCUUCGUCGGAUGAAGAAGCUACUAAUAACGAUAAUGGAACUGAGAAAUCACCCUCACGUCGCAGCAAACGUACACGCGUGGAAACAACCCAAGAUUCGGCGGCCGCUGAUAGCGAUGAUGAAAUCGAAACACCCCAACCUGAUGCUGGUGAUUUAACACGUCGUGAUACAAGACGUUCUAUUGGUUCAAGAAAACCUGCCUCAAAUGGUACGACCCAAUCCGAGUCGAUGACUUCGUCAGGCGAUACAUCGAGUGCAGCAGCAUCCACUCCAGCAUCAAUUACAGAUGCCCGUCUGGGCGUUUUCAAGAACAGUCUUCAACGUCUGUUCCGCGAAGCACGCGAACAAAGUUUGUCAUUGGCGCGCAUUACCUCGGCCAUUAAUGAAAAUAACGUUGAACAAUUCACAGAUGGUGAAAUUGAAGCUGCUGUAAAUCGUAUGACAGAAGACAAUCAAAUUAUGGUUGCCGAUGGCAUUGUUUUCCUUAUCUAGACUAAGUUUAAAACAU